CUGGAACCGUCGUUACUCGCUAACCGUUUUUAUUGAUAAAUUUUAUUCGUUUUCGAUCCCAACGCACCACAAAACGAUUUCUUUAUUUCAACACAAAACUCACUCGUUUCAGAAAAAUUCAUUACGAAAUGACGACUCAGGGUGCAAACGACUUCGAACUGAAAAAUGGAAUUCUGCACGGUUUCUCGGAGCCUUUUCUGCCGAAAUACCAAAAUUACGGAGAAGUGAUACUCGAUUCCAUGAAAUCGAAUCCCGACUUCGUAGGGCAGAUCGACGGUACUACCGGGAAGACGGAAAGGUUUCGGGAAAUGUUGAACAAGAGUGUCAAGUGUGCGAUUUGGUUGAGAAAACAAAACAUUCGUGCCGGUGACGUAAUCGGGAUUUGUACUCACAAUCAAACGGACAUGUACGUGCCGAUUUUGGCUUCGCUUUUCGUUGGGGCGGUUUUCAAUCCGUGGUGGGAAUGCGGUCAGACGAGAGAAAUGGUGCGUCACUUUGUGAACCUGACGAAGCCAAAGAUAUUAUUUAUCCACGAUUCUUCGUUGUCGACUGUUCUGGAAGUGGUCAAAGAAUCGAGGGUGAAUAUGAAAUUCGUGACCUUCGGUAAAAUCAGCGAUUUUGAAAGUUUGCAAGAAAUAUUGCGUUCGGUGGAGGAAAAAAGUGUCGAUUCUUUCGAAAUCGCUAAAUUGACGAGGCUCCAAGAUGCGGCUUUCAUUGUUUACACUUCAGGGACAACGGGACUGCCCAAGGGCAUCGUCACGAGCCAUAAAUCUAUUUUUGGAAAUUCUCAGAAUUUUUUGGAACUCGGGAGGUUGGACGAAAGCGUGAGGUCGAUUAAUUUCUCAUCAAUCUCAUGGGGCGUUGGGAUCGCUUGUUUUUUUAGAUCACUCGUCGCCCCGGAAACUCGCAUCGUUUAUCCCCAUUUCGAUCCCGAAGAGACUCUUCGUCUUAUUGACAAAUUCGAGAUCAAUUUGAUGCACUUAUCGCCCAGAAAGGCGUUCAAACUUCAAAAAACCUGUGCAGCUUCGAAUUACGACGUUUCCUCGGUAAAACUUUUUUGGAUAAGCGGAGGAGUACUGAAGAGUGAAAUGCAGACGGCAAUUGCAGCGAGCUUUCCUCGGGCUAAAGUUUUUCAAGCUUACGGCUCUUCGGAACUGGGCGGCGUUGCGUUCCGACAAUCACCAGGGUUUGAGCCAAACUCGUGCGGAACGAUUGUCCGGAAUGUCGAGAUGAAAGUCGUCGAUAUAAAAAGUGGAAGAAUUUUGGGCGCUCGCGAAACGGGCGAAGCUCUAUUCAAAUCGCCCUUCAUGAUGACCAGUUAUCUCGGUAAUCCUGAAGCCACGAAAAAAGCCAUCGACUCCGAGGGGUGGCUUCACAGCGGUGACCUUGUACACUACGAGGAAAAAGGUCACGUAUUCGUGACCGAUCGAGUCUCGGAAAUGAUAAAUUAUCGAGGGCAUUUUAUUUCUCCGGAGAGUAUUGAACAAGCGAUGUAUAUUCAUCCGGCAAUUUCCGAUGUAGCCGUCGUUUCAAUACCGCACGACGAAGAUGGCGAACGUCCAAUUGCUUUUGUAUCAGAAACGCCGGGCACGGAGGUUACGGAAAUCGAGGUUGAAAAUAUGAUGGCCGAGUCGUUGCCCGAUGGCGAAAAGAUUCGAGGCUGCGUUCGAUUUCUCGAUAAAAUUCCUCGGUUACUUUCGGGCAAAAUCGCUCGAGCGGAGCUCAGAAAAUUAGCGAUGUCCUACGAGCGUUAAAAACUUUCGGUGCACAAUGAAAACUAACGAAACGAAAAUGUAAGAGGCGAUAUAAAAUAUGGCGCGUCAACGAAACGUGAUUUUUUAAAUUCAAUAAAAAUCCCAAGUUCA